CGCUCGCACGCACGCACGCGCGGGCUCUGAGCCCCCUGGAGGGCGGCGUCGCGCGGCCCCCAGGCCUCCGCGCUGAUCCGGGCACGACCUCUGGAUUCUCGGCGUCACCUUGCAUUCCAUGCACCGCGGUGCUAGCCGUGUGGAUGACAGGCUCUUGGUGCUCCAGCCAGGCGUCAGGGCUGUGCCUCUGAGGUGGGAGAGCCAAGUUCAGGACAUUGGUCCACAAGAGACCUCCCAGCUGCAUGUGAUAUCAAAUGGUGAAAAUCUCCCAGAGGUCUCCAUCUCAAGGCCAAGACCCACCUCCACUCAACGACGAGCAAGCUACAGUGCUGGACACCCUAUGCCAAACAACUAGCAAGACAGGAACACAACCCCACCCAUUAACAGGGAGGCUGCCUAAAAUCAUAAUAAGGCCACAGACACCGUAAAACACACCACCAGACAUGGACCUGCCCACCAGAAAGACAAGAUCCAGCCUCAUCCACCAGAACACAGGCACUAGUCCCCUCCACCACGAAGCCUACACAACCCACUGAACCAAGCUUAGCCACUGGGGGCAGACACCAAAAAAAACGGGAACUAUUAACCUGCAGCCUGCGAAAAGGAGACCCCAAACACAGUAAGCUAAGCAAAAUGAGAAGACAGAGAAACACACAGCAGAUGAAGGAGCAAGGUAAAAACCCACCAGACCUAACAAAUGAAGAGGAAAUAGGCAGUCUACCUGAAAAAGAAUUCAGAAUAAUGAUAGUAAAGAUGAUCCAAAAUCUUGGAAAUAGAAUGGAGAAAAUACAAGAAACGUUUAACAAGGACCUAGAAGAACUAAAGAGCAAACAAACAAUGAUGAACAACACAAUAAAUGAAAUUAAAAAUUCUCUAGAAAGGAUCAAUAGCUGAGGCAGAAGAAUGGAUAAGUGACCUGGAAGAUAAAAUAGUGGAAAUACCUACUGCAGAGCAGAAUAAAGAAAAAAGAAUGAAAAGAAUUGAGGACAGUCUAAGAGACCUCUGGGACAACAUUAAAUGCAACAACAUUCGAAUUAUAGGGGUCCCAGAACAAAAAGAGAAAAAGAAAGGGACUGAGAAAAUACUUGAAGAGAUUAUAGUUGAAAACUUCCCUAAUAUGGGAAAGGAAAUAGUUAAUCAAGUCCAGGAAGCACAGAAAGUCCCAUACAGGAUAAAUCCAGGGAGAAACACGCCAAGACACAUAUUAAACAAACUAUCAAAAAGUAAAUACAAAGAAAAAAUAUUAAAAGCACCAAGGGAAAAACAACAAAUAGCACACAAGGGAAUCCCCAUAAGGUUAACAGCGAUCUUUCAGCAGAAACUCUGCAAGCCAGAAGGGAGUGACAGGACAUGUUUAAAGUGAUGAAACGGAAAAACCUACAACCAAGAUUACUGUACCCAGCAAGGAUCUCAUUCAGAUUUGAUGGAGAAAUUAAAACCUUUACAGACAAGCAAAAGCUAAGAGAAUUCAGCACCGCCAAACCAGCUUUACAACAAAUGCUAAAGGAACUUCUCUAGGCAGGAAACACAAGAGGAGGAAAAGACCUACAAUAACAAACUCAAAACAAUUUACAAAAUGGUAAUAGGACAUACAUAUCAAUAAUUACCUUAAAUGUAAAUGGAUUAAAUGCUCCAACCAAAAGACAUAGACUGGCUGAAUGGAUACAAAAACAAGACCUGUAUAUAUGCUGUCUACAAGAGAUCCACUUCAGACCUAGGGACACAUACAGACUGAAAGUGAGGGGAUGGAAAAAGAUAUUCCAGGCAAAUGGAAAUCAAAAGAAAGCUGGAGUAGCAAUUCUCAUAUCGGACAAAAUGGAUUUUAAAAUAAAGACUAUUAUAAGAGACAAAGAAGGACACUACAUAAUGAUGAAGGGAUCAAUCCAAGAAGAAGAUAUAACAAUUGUAAAUAUUUAUGCACCCAACAUAGGAGCACCUCAAUACAUAAGGCAAAUGCUAACAGCCAUAAAAGGGGAAAUCGACAGUAACACAAUCAUGGUAGGGGAUUUUAACACCCCACUUUCCCCAAUGGACAGAUCAUCAAAAAUGAAAAUAAAUAAGGAAAUACAAGCUUUAAAUGCUACAUUAAACAAAAUGGACUUAAUUGAUAUUUAUAGGACAGUCCAUCCAAAAACAACAGAACACACUUUCUUCUCAAGUGCUCAUAGAACAUUCUCCAGGAUAGAUCAUAUCGUGGGUCACAAAUCAAGCCUUGGUAAAUUUAAGAAAAUUGAAAUCGUAUCAAGUAUAUUUUCCGACCACAACACUAUGAGACUAGAUACCAAUUACAGGAAAAAAAUCUGUAAAAAAUGCAAACACAUGGAGGCUAAACAAUACACUACUUAAUAACCAAGAGAUCACUGAAGAAAUCAAAGAGGAAAUCAAAAAAUACCUAGAAACAAAUGACAAUGAAAACACGACCACCCAAAACCUAUGGAAUGCAGCAAAAGCAGUUCUAAGAGGGAAGUUUAUAGCAAUACAAUCCUACCUUAAGAAACAAGAAACGUCACAAAUAAAUAACCUAACCGGGCUUCCCUGGUGGUGCAGUGGUUGAGAAUCUGCCUGCCAAUGCAGGGGACACGGGUUCGAGCCCUGGUCUGGGAAGAUCCCACAUGCCGCGGAGCGACUGGGCCUGUGAGCCACAAUUGCUGAGCCUGCGCGUCUGGAGCCUGUGCUCUGCAACAAGACAGGCCGCGAUAGUGGGAGGCCCACACACCGUGAUGAAGAGUGGCCCCCACUUGCCGCAACUAGAGAAAGCCCUCGCACAGAAAACGAAGAUCCAACACAGCCAUAAAUAAAUAAAUAAAAUGAACAACCUAACCUUACACCUAAAGCAAUUAGAGAAAGAAGAACAAAAAAACCCCAAAGUUAGCAGAAGGAAAGAAAUCAUAAAGAUCAGAUCAGAAAUAAAUGAAAAAGAAAUGAAGGAAACGAUUAAAAAGAUCAAUAAAACUAAAGGCUGGUUCUUUGCGAAGAUAAACAAAAUUGAUAAACCAUUAGCCAGACUCAUCAAGAAAAAAAGGGAGAAGACUCAGAUCAAUAGAAUUAGAAACGAAAAAGGAGAAGUAACAGCUGACACUGCAGAAAUACAAUGGAUCAUGAGAGAUUACUACAGGCAACUAUAUGCCAAUAAAAUGGACAACCUGAAAGAAAUGGACAAAUUCUUAGAAAUGCACAACCUGCCGAGACUGAACCAUGAAGAAAUAGAAAAUAUGAACAGACCAAUCACAGGCACUGAAAUUGAAACUGUGAUUAAAAAUCUUCCAACAAACAAAAGCCCAGGACCAGAUGGCUUCACAGGUGAAUUCUAUCAAACAUUUAGAGAAGAGCUAAAACCUAUCCUUCUCAAACUCUUCCAAAAUAUACCAGAGGGAGGAACAGUCCCAAACUCAUUCUACGAGGCCACCAUCACCCUGAUACUAAAACCAGACAAAGAUGUCACAAAGAAAGAAAACUACAGGCCAAUAUCACUGAUGAACAUAGAUGCAAAAAUCCUCAACAAAAUACUAGCAAACAGAAUCCAACAGCACAUUAAAAGGAUCAUGCACCAUGAACAAGUGGUGCUUAUCCCAGGAAUGCAAGGAUUCUUCAAUAUACGCAAAUCAAUGUGAUACACCAUAUUAACAAACUGGGGAGAAAAACCGUAUGAUCAUCUCAAUACAUGCAGAGAAAGCUUUCGACAAAAUUCAACACCCAUUUAUGAUAAAAGCCCUGCAGAAAGUAGGCAUAGAGGGAACUUACCUCAACAUAAUAAAGGCCAUAUAUGACAAACCCACAGCCAACAUCGUCCUCAAUGGUGAAGAACUGAAAGCAUUUCCACUAAGAUAAGGAAGAAGACAAGGUUGCCCACUCUCACCACUAUUAUUCAACAUAGUUUUGGACGUUUUAGCCACAGCAAUCAGAGAAGAAAAAGAAAUAAAAGGAAUCCAAAUCAGAAAAGAAGAAAUAAAGCUGUCACUGUUUGCAGAUAACAUGGUACUAUAUGUAGAGAAUCCUAAAGAUGCUACCAGAAAACUACUAGAGCUAAUCAAUGAAUUUGGUAAAGUAGCAGGAUACAAAAUUAAUGCACAGAAAUCUCUUGCAUUUCUAUACACUAAUGAUGAAAAAUCUGAAAGUGAAUUUAAGAAAACACUCCCAUUUACCCUUGCAACAAAAAGAAUAAAAUAUCUAGGAAUAAACCUACCUAAGGAGACAAAAGACCUGUAUGCAGAAAAUUAUAAGACACUGAUGAAAGAAAUUAAAGAUGAUACAAACGGAUGGAGAGAUAUACCAUGUUCUUGGAUUGGAAGAAUCAACAUUGUGAAAAUUACUAUACUACCCAAAGCAAUCUACAGAUUCAAUGUAAUCCCUAUCAAACUACCACUGGCAUUUUUCACAGAACUAGAACAAAAAAUUUCACAAUUUGUAUGGAAACACAAAAGACCCCGAAUAGCCAAAGCAAUCUUGAGAAAGAAAAACGGAGCUGGAGUAAUCAGGCUCCCUGACUUCAGACUGUACUACAAAGCUAUAGUAAUCAAGACAGUAUGGUACUGGCACAAAAACAGAAAUAUAGAUCAAUGGAACAGGAUAGAAAGCCCAGAGAUAAACCCACGCACAUAUGGUCAGCUUAUUUUUGAUAAAGCAGGCAAGAAUAUACAGUGGAGAAAAGACAGCCUCUUCAAUAAGUGGUGCUGGGAAAAUUGGACAGGUACAUGUAAAAGUAUGAAAUUAGAACACUCCCUGACACCAUACACAAAAAUAAACUCAAAAUGGAUUAAAGACCUAAGUGUAAGGCCAGACAUUAUCAAACUCUUAGAGGAAAACAUAGGCAGAACACUCUAUGACAUAAAUCACAGCAAGAUCCUUUUUGACCCAACUCCUAGAGAAAUGGAAAUAAAAACACAAAUAAACAAAUGGGACCUAAUGAAACUUAAAAGCUUUUGCACAGCAAAGGAAACCAUAAAAAAGACCAAAAGACAACCCUCAGAAUGGGAGAAAAUAUUUGCAAACGAAGCAACUAACAAAGGAUUAAUCUCCAAAAUAUACAAGCAGCUCGUGCAGCUCAAUAUCAAGAAAACAAACAACCCAAUCCAAAAAUGGGCAGAAGACCUAAAUAGACAUUUCUCCAAAGAAGAUAUACAGAUUGCCAACAAACACAUGAAAGAAUGCUCAACAUUAUUAAUCAUUAGAGAAAUGCAAAUCAAAACUACAAUGAGAUGUCAUCUCACACCCGUCAGAAUGGCCAUCGUCAAAAAAUCUACAAACAAUAAAUGCUGGAGAGGGUGUGGAGAAAAGGGAACCCUCUCGCACUGUUGGUGGGAAUGUAAAUUGAUACAGCCACUAUGGAGAACAGUAUGGAGGUUCCUUAAAAAACUAAAAAUAGAACUACCAUAUGAUGCAGCAAUCCCACUACUGGGCAUAUACCCUGAGAAAACCAUAAUUCAAAAGAGUCCUGUACCACAAUGUUCAUUGCAGCACUAUUUACAAUAGCCAGGACGUAGAAGCAACGUAAGUGUCCAUCAGCAGAGGAAUGGGGCUUCCCUGGUGGCGCAGUGGUUGAGAGUCUGCCUGCCAGUGCACGGGACACAGGUUCGAGCCCUGGUCUGGGAAGAUCCCACAUGCCGCGGAGCAACUGGACCCGUGAGCCACAACUACUGAGUCUGCGCGUCUGGAGCCUGUGCUCCGCAACAAGAGAGGCCGCGACAGUGAGAGGCCCGGGCACCGUGAUGAAGAGUGGCCCCCACUUGCCGCAACUAGAGAAAGGCCUCGCACAGAAACGAAGACCCAACACAGCCAAAAAUAAUAAAUAAAUAAAUAAAUAAAUAAAUAAAUAUUUAAAAAAAACAAAGAACAAAAACCAGAUGAAUGGAUAAAGAAGAUGUGGCACAUAUAUACAAUGGAAUAUUACUCAGCUAAAAAAAUAAACGAAAUUGAGUUAUUUGUAGUGAGGUGGAUGUACCUAGAGUCUGUCAUACAGAGUGAAGUAAGUCAGAAAGAGAAACACAAAUACCAUAUGCAAACAGAUAUAUAUGGAAUCUAAAACAAAUAAAAAAUGUUCAUGAAGAAUGUAGGGGCAAAAUGGGAAUAAAGACGCAGACCUACUAGAGAAUGGACUUGAGGAUAUGGGGACGGGGAAGGGUAAGCUGGCACAAAGUGAGAGAGUGGCAUGGACAUAUAUACACUACCAAAUGUAAAAUAGAUAGCUAGUGGGAAGCAGCCGCGUAGUACAGGGAGAUCAGCUCGGUGC